AUGCUUCUAGUCAUCUCCAAGAUUGAAGACGAUACGCCAGGCAUCAACAAAAGAUCGAUCGAAGAUUUCAUUGAAGGUAUUCGACAACAUGACGCCAAAGUGGUAUGGAGUUACGAUGACAAGAAUGGCAAAGACGUUGCAGAUUCAACGUUCAAGGUUCCCGAGCCGAUGGAGUAUGUUGCUGGCGAGGUCAUGAGAUUCUUUUCAUUCGCGUACCCUGGGCUUCGAGAAGCUUGGGGGCGAGUCGCACUGAAUUGGGCCACGUCGUGUCCGGUCCGACAUAUUGCAUGUCGAUCAUUCCAGCUCUUUCGCUGCAUCUUGAGCUCGCUCGAUCAGCAGAUGCUUUCCGACAUGCUUGCAAGACUUUCCAAUACCAUAUCAGACGAGGAGAGCGAUAUACAGACAUUCUCUAUGGAAAUACUUACGACGUUACGAACGAUCAUAGAAGCACUAGCACCGGACGACCUCAUACAGUACCCUCAAUUGUUCUGGACCACUUGCGCAUGCUUGGAUACCAUACACGAAGGCGAAUUCAUGGAGAGCCUGCUGAUGCUAGACAAGUUCCUCGACAAGCUUGAUCUGGGCGACGAAGAGGUGCUGGCAAUCCUGGAAGAAAGUUGCCCGGAUAAAUGGGAAGGCAAGUUCGAAGGCCUUGCUCAACUGACGUACAAGGGUAUCCGGUCGAGCACAUGUCUGGACCGAUCUUUACGAAUCCUGGAGAGAUUGGUGGUCCUACCUUCCAGCCGCAUCGUGGGCGAUGAUAGCCGACUAAUGUACGCCAUCCUCGCGAAUCUGCCAAGAUUCCUACGCUCGUUCGACUCUACAGCAAAAGAUUCUAGUGUUCGAGCCACCGCCGAAGUGCUUGCAAAGGUUGCCGAUCAGCACUACCAAUGCACAUCGCUGUCCGAAGCGUUGACAGCCUUCGCAAUGAAGAGGUAUCGUCAAGAGAAGGAUUUUCUCGCGCAGACAAUGUCCGCUAUCCGCUCAACGUUCUUCCCAGAACAUGAGUUCGGCAGCCUCGUGUUCCUGCUCGGUCUCUUGAUGAACAACAUCGAUUGGAUGAAGAUCAACACAAUGGAAGUCCUCUGCGUCCUGUUACCCGAGAUCGAUAUGCGCAAGCCGGAGAUGGCCUCCAAAGGAUCCGAUCUUUUCUCGCCUCUUCUACGACUACUACAGAGUGCGUAUUGCCCUCAAGCUCUGAGGGUUCUGGACUUCGUCAUCAAUCUCAACAUGACUAGUACUCUUACGCCGUUCGACAAGCAGCAUAUUCGAAUGAGUAUGGCAGGUUCUCACUCCACCAGAGGGUACAAGAAACAGUUCGAGAAAACGCAGUCAUUGUACGGUAUCCCUGAAGAAAGCGGCUGGUCAAUUCCGAUCCCCGCCCUGCACUCGCAGUUGACGAGGGCCAACGUCCACGCUGUCUUCUACACCUGCGGAAAUUUCGGUGAGAUGAAUGUGCCAGACACCGAGACACCCAAAGUAGAAUUCCGCCAAGAAGAAUUCCCGUUCAGCCCGUUAUCCGACUACCACCGAACAGCGACCAUGACUUCAGAAGAUACUCGGGGCGACAGUCACAUUGGUGAACUGGUCAUGAAACUAGACAGCUUGGACGACUUCUUUGAGGAUGAUGAUGACGCCGAGACGUUGACAGACCUACCAAACUUCUCAUCCUCGGGGCGUUACGCGAAUGGAUCGUUUGCUCACGAUAUGCGUGAGAAUCUAUACGAUCAGCAAACGGCGCCUAUCCUGCACAAAUCUCUUACGCGGAACGCAUCCGUUACAUCAUUUCAGUCGGGGUUCAUCUCUGAUGUCAAGCUCUCCCCGGCUAGGGACCCUGGUGUCAUGACCCCGGGCGCUUUCAGCUCCUUUGCCAACUCUUCUUCGAGUACCUUACCCCCAACAAGCCACCCCCGCCCUAAUUUACAUGCCCGAUCAGUGACGUCGCCAUCUGCUCCAAACCAACCACAGCGCAUUUCACCUUCACUCUCGUCCACCACUCUUGACGAACAAAACGAGCCGUUCUCCGACGACGAGUACUCGGCUGGUCGUUCGAACAGCACAGACAAAGCCGGGACCUUUAGUCUGGAGAACAUCAUCAAACCCGUCGCUCACGAUACGCGAAGUCGCUUUAGGAGCGGCAUGAGGCGACUGACUGGCGGCGGCGGGGACAAUAAGGAAGGGGCCAAGACAAGAGACGCGAUCAAACUGGCAUUACAAAAGAGUCCCCAGGUGCCAAAGGUACCUGACAUUUACCUGGUGAAUCCCAAGAGCGCGGAUCUGUAG